UUCGUACGAUGUGAACCAAGAAUAUUACAAGUUUUAUUUAUAUAACAUCAUUUUAUAAUUAACAUUAUAAAAUAUAACUCUCUGUACCUUAGUUAUAUCGUUCUAAACAUGAUCCCCGAGGCGUUUCCCGAAUCAUCUAUAAUACGAAACCCAAUCGUAAAUUAUAAUAAUUUUUUCAAUCCGUACGUCUGUCAUGUUUGCAAAAGCUCAAAGAACCUGCAAGAAUGUCAUUGGUGCCAAUUGAUCUCAUACUGUUGUAAGGAGCAUUUGGAAUUGCAUCUAGAGCAACACAAAGAGUUUUGUCUGGCUGUAAUAAGCUUGCGUGACAAACUAUACUGUUCCCAUGAUAUAACUCUUAAGGAAUGGACUCAAUUAAAGAAGGCUAAUGUGAGAAGAGUUAAGUAUAGAUUGGGUCGCAAUCUAGAGCCAUAUGAGGUGCAAAUAUUACUAUUUGCAAAAUCGUGUCUCAAAUGCCGCCGCCAGAAUAACCUGAGUAUAGCUUGUAAAGCAUGUAUGUCGGUCAGCAUGUGUUAUAGGCACAUAUCGAUGGCACCUGUGCAUAGCUGCACGGACCUACGGCUUUGUGCAAAACUGGAUAUCAACAGCAUCUCAAUAAAUGAAAAGUUUAUACCAAAGCCAGUAGAACUUCUAAAUUAUUCAUAUCCAAGCGACAUGAAAGAAUAUAUUCAACAGAGUUUAGGACGUAGCAGAGAUUUUAAUACUUGGAGCUAUGCUGAUUUUUUAUAUACUAAUUACUUCUCAAGACCAUUGACGUUGUUAUUUAACAUAACGACGAGAACAGAUAUAUACAAACUGACAUCUCCUACAACCUUUACGAUUCACGUUAUAGCCGGAAUCUUCACGGAUGAAAAUAGUCUAUUGGCUUGGGAAUUCUUUAUACAUCAAAUGCUUCCGGAUUCAUCGUUAGCAAUUCUAAUUAUAGGGCCUAAAGUAAAAGAAUAUAUUUAUAAUAUAGAGCUUUGUGAUACUUGCUUCUCUCAAAACAAAAAACUUUACUUUGCUUAUAUUCCUAUGACGUAUAAACGUUUUAUAUGCGCUGAGACAUAUAAAAACUUGGAACCAAAUAUAAUUAUGGGAUUUGAUAUAGAUUUUGAGAAUGAUGAAGCGGCUAUCAGAGCAGCAAUGUGUCUGAGCACACCGUUAGUUUUGACCUGCAAAUCAGAAAGUAAGGCGCAAGAGACUGUCACGAAAAUAAAGGCAAAAUUGCGCAAAAAGCCUAUCAUUCAUGAGAGGAAUAUGUUCGCAUCUUGUAGACCAUAUAGAGAUGCUGAAAGUGAUUCUGUGUUCUUUCCUCAUCACUAUGUAAUUAUUUAUGAUAAUGAACCUAACAGAAAUAAAAAAUUAGAUGUUUCUAGUAAUGACAAUCAACCCAGUACUAGUAACCAGUACUAGUACCAGUAACUUAUUUGAAGGAUAAUUAUAUCGUUACACUUAUCAUAUCAUGAUGCACGAUAUACAAGAGAGAUCCACAUCGAAUACUGCAUCGAACGAAACGCACGAACAUAUCCGUCAAUAUGUAAAACAGCUGAGAAUAUUGCAACAUGUAAGUUCUUGUGAUAUAAUGCAAAAUGGACUAACUUUAAACAUGACAAAGUCAAAGUUAUACGUUACAAGUUAUUUAUGAGCUAUGAGUUUUUUAUGUUUAGUGAUCCGGGAGUGUACGAAAUCAAAUGUCCUUAUUUGCAAAAUCGUGUAUUAUUUGUCGUUGAUCUAACUGCAUGACUUAGUCAUCUAAAAUCUCUCUAUUACACCUAUUCCAAUAAGGAUAAUUUAGUAAUAUAGUAGAUUAUAAAUUGAUGUAGAGAUAAGAUAUUAUAUGUAUAUGUGUAUAUACAUAUAGUUUUCAUCGUAUAUAGUUGUAAAUUAUGUAGCAUAUCAUAUAUGGUUGAAAAGCUUCCGGAUGCUAGAAUAUUUGUGAAUAUUUUAUUAGUGGCAAUCGCUAAAUCAACAUCCGUAUUGAAUGUCAAUUGUCAUACAUAUGAAUAUAAAUAUAAAUGUUUUGAAUGUUUGUUUCUUCCGCACGCUGUUCUAAAUUGAUAUUACAAAAUAUCUCUCGCUUUCAAACGUUAGUAAUGCGUACAAUUUUUAGAUAUUAUGUCGAUAUUUGGACUGUCUACAGAACAAUUUUUGUCUGUGCAAUGUAAUAAAUUUCUCUAUCCCAACGUUGGCCACAUAUGCAUAUCUUUAUAAGCUUUCACAAGUAUUUUCGGUGUAGUAUGAUUUCAUAUUACAAUAAGGAGCACAGAUUAAUGCGUACGGGACAUAUCGAAGUUUGUAUAACAAGAUUAUAAUAAUGUUAAAUACGUAGUGGAAUGUAUAAAACUCGCGUAAUAUGACGUUGAAAAAGUUGACUAUAUCUAAAAGAUGUAUCAUAAAAAAAAAAUUUUAACUUGGUCUGCAGUCGUGCGAAGAACAAAUGUUUUUAUUUGCAAAAUUAUGCCAUAUUUGCCAUCAGCAGAAUAAUUUGAAAAUAUUGUAUUUUUAUCGACGUGUAUUCAGUUCACUUUUUAAUUGAUUACGAACAUUGUUCCUUUCCUUUUCGACUUUGCUCGGACCUGAACAUCCACAAUGUUUUCACGUAUGAAAACAAUAGAAACAUUCCCGAAAAUCUUCUGAGUAUAAGUACCCGAGAUGUAUAUGAUAUGCAAUAUUUUAACUAAUGGUUUUUAACGUGAUAGAAACAUAUUUUCAUGAUUAUGUGAUUAUUAUGAAUAUUUUAAAUACUUUUCUAUAAUGUCGACAUAGUUUAAUAAAAUUUUACAAAUCAAUU